ACGACGGAGAUUUGGCACGGUCUUAAUUGAGCUUGCGAGCGAGGCGAGCGGCUGGGUUCGCGGAUACGCCCAGCCUGGAGCCUGAGUUCAAAGGCGUGGCAACAAUUAUAGGAUUUUUGACGAUGUGCAGGUAUCACCGAGGAGGUUUGGCGCUUCGUCGUUAUGGGCUGCUCGGCGAGCAGUUGUCCCGAGCUCCAGCGAAAGAAGAGUCCUGGCCUGCGAUUGCUGACGAGCAAGUUGCACUUUAAGUCCCAACAGCUGGAGAAGCUCAGUGACUAUUUCAGCCAACUCGCCAAGUCGGAUAACCCAGCAUUCGCAGAUAUUGCUUGCAUCGAGGUUGGCGUGGAAAAAUUGGUCCAGAAGUUGAUAGCUGGAGUAGGAAAUCUGGACCGUAGAUUCUCUGCCCUUUUCCUCGUUUCGCUCAAAGAACGGCGAAGAAUACAGCAAUUGAGAUUUGAGUACUUGCUGAGACUGGAUGCAUUGUCCAAUCCUUCCGGUAAUCCAGAUGUCGAGCUUCCGUUGAGCCUAGAAGAGGAUUCUGGGCUUCCUGGAUUUGCUCGACUGAAAGUGAGGGCUGGUAACGCUGGUUCCUGGGCAGAAUUCAUUGGGCCGGAUGGUAGACUGAGACGGGAUCUUGUUAAAGUUCGAAUUGCUGCUCUUCUAGCUGCUGCUUUGAAAAAAGAUGCUGCUAUUGCUGUUGAUGAAAGACUCUGCUCAACUCCCGGACAGAUUGUCGAUGCCGAUGUAUUGGAUAAGAUUCUUAAGCAACCGGAUCAUUGUCGAGUUUUCUACGGACCAGCCGAUUCCGAGUUGAAGUUAUUUGAAAUUGCCGAUCAUCGAGUUGUCAUUGUGGAGGAUGAAAGUGGGAUAAUUUUAAAGAUUGGCCAACGCGGAUCAAAAUCGCAAGACAUCGAAGUGAAACUUUUAAUUGGUGCUUCUAUAAAUUCGUGGCCCACUUGCGCCGAUUAUCCAAAAAGGAUACCAUUACAUCACUGCGAUGCUUUGCUCCAUUAUACAGCCGCACAAAGUGGCAUGUUUGUCGUGGCGGUGGGCCCUCAUCAAGGACUACGCUGCGACGAUCGGGCGAGUCUCUGGCGGAUUCGCGUCCUCGCAGCCGAGGUCAUUAUGCGCGAACAUUAUUCCGAGGAUAGUGUGCCCGCGCUCACGGAAUUCGCGCUUUUGCAGGUGCUCGAUCAGCUUCGAGGACGACGACCCAUGGACUUUUCCAUCAAACGUAAGGGAACGCUGAGGCUAGUCUCCCGUCAUAUUGUAAGAGCCAUACUCUGGUGGUCACUGGAGCGCACUGGACCGGAUCCCUUAAAGAACUGGACUUCCGACAGCCUCUCCCGCCACGUCCUCAUGGGGUUGGACGAGCUGCUGAGAGCCCUCCGAUGCCAGAAUUUGAGGUGCUACUUUCAGCCGCGUUGCAACCUCAUGCUGCAAUGUGCCCGAGGCGGUAAUCUUUAUCACGAGGACGCGUAUGGAGCGGACGCGCGCCUCCUGGAGUCAUACCUCGGGGCCCUACACACGCACUCGCUCGACUGGUCCGAGGAUGUCCAGCAAGUUGAGCGUAGUUUAUCGAGUGAGGAGCUGUUGGAAAAGGAGCUCGUUUCACGUUGGCGACAGGUUAUGGCAUCACUACCACGAGGUACAAUGAGCGGUUAUUGCGGCUAUGGCCAGCGACAGCUUCAAUACAUUGGCCUCGUUAUUAAGGAAGUACUUCGUGCCAGGGAUUCGCUGAUAAUUCAGGCAACUUUCGAUAACUGCAGCUCCUUCUUUAAUCUGUCGAUGGAUUCGCAAAUCAGCGAAUCUAUGGAUAACUUGAUCUAUCUCCUCAGUCUGGUAUUAAAGCAGGCGAAGGAGCAGAAUUACGCGCUUCCAGUUAGUAGACGAAUAAAGCGAAAUCGGCGUAGAGCACGUGCCGAGCGAAAGAGAAGCUGCGCAAAAGCGUAUUUCGACAGAUCCGUCGACGUGCUGAUCGAUAUCGUUAGGAAGGAUCGCGAGACUGCUUACUUGGAUUUGGAUGAUUAUACAGUUAUGGCCAAGACCCUUCUCAAGUGGCUUUAUUUCGGAAUGGAAGAGGACAAGAAAGUACUGGGACCGCUACUGCGCCCCUACCUCGGCAAUCUGUUCAACUCGUCGCACGAGAAUGCAUGGCAUGUCGAGUCGUGGAGGAAGAGGCAGGACAUUUACAAUACGGAAAUGCGCUCGUUGGGCUUGUUCUGCAAACUCGUCACCGCACGGGAGAUAUUGCCAGCUAAUGGGAUUGUCGAGUCGCUAUCCAAGGGCUGGGCCUGGGCCGAGAGUAUCGCGAGGAUGAUCGAGCGCUCCAACAACGGGCUCAAGCUGAUCUUCAUCACGCCGGAGCGGACUCUGAGGUACCAGCUGAAGUUCGCCGAGGACAGUGGCCCGAGCUCGUACUCGACCUGGAACAAAGCCAGGAACAUCGGGAGCGCCGUGAGGCGGGCUGCCACCGCCCGGACGAUUAUGAUUACCGCCACUGACGCCUUCGAACAAAUUACUAAUAAUCACGAAUAUAUUCGAUCCUACGCUCGUCACGUCGAACUAAGGGACAGCAGCCCUUUGACGUUAGUUGCGGCAAUAGCGAGGCGAUCCGGACAGCAAAGGGGACCCGGUAGCUUGAUUCCCGCUCUGGUCACUCUCAACAAGUUUCGGGUUCUGCAGGAGGUGGCGCAAGUGCUUCCCCAGGAGGAGCAGACGGUGAUGCUCGAGCUCGUGCAGAGGGCGUCGCGAGCUGCCGCUCGCCAUCUGAGAAGAGCCAGCUGUCCUGACCCAUCGACCUCCGCCGUCCCCCGCCAGAUUUAUACUCCCAGAUCCGAAUCAAAAUCAUACGAGUCUUCUAAGCAAUGCGCUCCAAAAAAACAAAAACAGAAAAUUUUAUUGGAACGUCAACUUCAACUGCACCGCGAAAUUUUAGAAAUUCAUGAUACUUUAACUAGAGGACUAAGAAGUAGAAAUCAACUUCCUUCUUGGGACUCCACGUCAAUGGUAUCAUGGGGGUCUUUAGCUGAUUCCAUUGGGCGUGGAAGAUUAAAACGACAUCGUACGACAGUCUGGGAUAAAGUCCGAGGAACGUCGCCAUUAUGGGAUAGUGUAAGUUGUAAUAGUACGUUUAGGCAAGUGAAGUCAGGUGACGUAAUGAAGAAUGAUACAUCAAUAAUAGAACGGCCCAAGUUUCAGAGCACAACGAAUAUUGAAAGAGCAGAGGAUUUUCAAAAUCAUAAGUUACCAUCGUGGGAGCUGCUUGAAAAUACUUUGAAUAAUGAAUUUAUAGAGAAUGAGCAUAUUAAACCGAACUUUUGUGAAAAAAAUAAGAAUGUUAAUGUUGA